UAAAAUGACUGACUGACAACAAUUAAAAAUGAGACAAGGAAGGAAGCGAUUGGAUAACACAGAGACAGACAUACAUAUUCACUCCCCCGUCAAACCCUAAAAUCUAUUUCCUCUGACCGCUUCUUCUUCUGUGGGUUGUAAAAGGCAUUCGCUUUCGAGUGUUGGUUGUCGAUUUCGAUGCCCCAAUCUGGGACCUGGGUACUGUUCCCAAGCUCCACCUGGAUUCUUAUUGAUGUGAAGCUCGUAUAACUUGUGAAUCGAUGCGGCCUUUUUAAUUUCGCUUGGGAUUUCUUAGGUAUUUAUUCUCUGUAUCCGGAUCUCUAUCUAUAAUCGGAUCUUGUACCUAUUGGGUUAGUACUCUUGAUCUGAAUGUAAUAAGAAGCGUGUUUUUUUUUUUUAAUAAUUUGGAGGAGCUUGUGUUUUAGUUCGUUGAGAUCUCGUUCGUUCCGAAUGUGGGUUUAUUAGGGUUCUUGAAAAAGUCUGCAACUUUGAAUUAGGUGCAUUACCAAGAAAUAUAUAGAGACUGCUUCUAGUUCGUUAUUAGUUAGAAUUCAGAGCCAUGUCCUUCAAGAGUCUCAUUCAGGACAUGAGAGGAGAGCUUGGGAGUAUAUCCAGAAAGGGAUUCGAUGUCAGAUUCGGGUAUGGUAGAUCCAGGUCUCAACGUGUUGUUCAGGAUACUUCUGUUCCUGUUGAUGCUUUCAAGCAGAGCUGCUGGGCUAGUAUGCCUCCGGAGCUCCUGAGAGAUGUUCUUAUGAGGAUUGAGCAAUCCGAAGACACUUGGCCGUCUAGGAAAAAUGUUGUUUCUUGCGCUGGUGUCUGCAGGAACUGGCGAGAAAUCGUCAAAGAGAUCGUCAGAGUUCCUGAGCUUUCUAGCAAACUCACUUUUCCUAUCUCCCUCAAACAGCCGGGUCCUAGAGGAUCACUUGUUCAAUGCUAUAUUAUGAGAAACCGCAGCAAUCAAACCUACUAUCUAUACCUCGGGUUAAACCAAGCAGCUUCAAAUGAUGAUGGAAAGUUCCUUCUUGCUGCCAAGAGGUUUCGGAGGCCAACUUGCACUGACUACAUCAUCUCCUUAAACUGCGAUGAUGUCUCUCGAGGAAGCAAUACCUAUAUCGGAAAGCUUAGAUCUAACUUUCUGGGGACCAAGUUCACUGUCUAUGACGCUCAGCCGACGAAUCCUGGAACUCAGGUUACCAGAACCCGUUCAAGCAGACUUCUCAGUUUGAAACAAGUGAGCCCGAGAAUUCCAUCUGGCAACUAUCCUGUAGCACAUAUCUCAUAUGAGCUUAACGUCUUGGGUUCCAGAGGACCGAGGAGGAUGCAGUGUGUCAUGGAUGCCAUCCCUGCAUCAGCUGUAGAACCUGGAGGAACAGCUCCAACUCAGACGGAACUUGUCCAUAGCAAUCUUGAUAGUUUCCCCUCAUUCUCCUUCUUCAGGUCGAAAUCAAUUCGUGCAGAGAGUCUCCCUUCUGGUCCAUCAUCUGCUGCUCAGAAGGAAGGACUGCUUGUCCUGAAAAACAAAGCGCCCAGAUGGCACGAACAGCUCCAGUGCUGGUGCCUCAACUUCAAUGGGAGAGUCACAGUUGCUUCCGUCAAAAACUUUCAGCUGGUAGCUGCUCCUGAGAAUGGACCUGCAGGACCUGAGCACGAAAACGUGAUUCUCCAGUUUGGAAAAGUCGGAAAAGAUGUGUUCACAAUGGAUUAUCAGUACCCUAUCUCUGCCUUCCAGGCCUUCACCAUUUGCCUCAGCAGUUUCGACACCAAGAUAGCAUGUGAAUGAUUAAUUCCAUCAAACCCUGUGACUCCGUGUUUAUUUAGUUGUAUCAUGUUGAAAGAGAAGACUGGUUUGGCCUCGUCUUAGAAGUGUGUGUACAUAGUUUCAAAAGUCUUGGCAAGUCCAUACAAGAGAAGAGUCAAGAAUCGAAGACAGUAGAUUGUGUUUGUUGUUGUUGUUGUUGCAUUGUGUUGCUAGUGAUUGUAGUUCCAGACUAUGAUUUCAUUUCUCUGAUAAUUAAUUUGAUCGUUUUUUGGGU